AUGGAGCGCCUCCGCCUCAGAUCCAACCCCCACCGAUGCGAAGGCACAGGAGCUAGGGUUUCAAUCAUCCGUGAGAAGGAGAACGGCGGUGGAGCAUGGGAGCCCCUGCGGGCGUGCGACCACCCCCUGGCGGCGCAAGAUAGGGCGCACGACCACACCCGGCGACGCGCGGGACGGGGAGCGUGGUGUGGGCUCGGAGCGCGGCAGCCGCCAUCCUCGCCAUCGCGGACGCCAUCCCCGCCAUCGCGGACGCCAUCCCCGCCGCCGCGGCUCUCCAUCCCUGCUGUGGAUCUAGAUCCAGGUAGGAGGGCUGCUAAUUUAAUUGGCACAGAAGUUUGUUAA